AUUUGAGACAAACAAAAAUUAGUGAAAUAUAAUAUUAAUUUGCGUUGCCGUCACCUUCCUUUGCUCUCAAACCAAACGUGGCCUUAUAAUAGUGAACUAGUGUUCAGUGCACUGUCUUAGAAGUAUAACGUCCCUUAUCCCAGCAGCUCCAACUGCUCUUCUUCUCAGACCAUGUCGCUUCUUCAUUUUAAACUCUUCCCUCUCUCUCUACCCUAUCCAAAUCCCCACCCAGUUCUCCCUUAUCUUUACUCGAGGCUCCGCUAUCACUGUCCCCAAACGCUCCAAAUCCUCUGCGCCGCGAAGCGAACCGGGAAGCAGAGGUACCCAUCCGAGAAGAGGAAGCUCAAAUUGAAGCGUAAAGAAGCAAGUUCCGAUGUCAAGAACAAGUUUGACGGAAUCUGGAGACUUUCCAAGCUCGCUGUUUCAGUCCAAAAUGACCCUGGCAAGGACUUUCUCGGCGUAUCCGAUGGUUUGCUUCAAGAGAUUGCUAAAGCAAUAAAGUUUCCGGUUGCUUCUAUGCUUCCACCAGAAGCAUUUACCGUCAUUAGGAAAUCUUUCGACGCCAGGAAGAUGUUAAAGGAACCCAGAUUUGUAUAUACUGUGGAUAUGGAUGCUAGUCAACUUAUUAGUCUAGAGCCUCGUACUCGGGACUUCAUCUCUGAUUUAGAGCCUAGAGUUGGAUUUGUAGAAUAUAGACCUCGAGGAGGAGCUUCAGGUGAUUUGCUCAGCAUAAUACACAAUUCUAACGGGGCUGAUAAACAAAAAUCAUCCACAGAAGGUGGAAAUAGCAUCGGUGCCAGCUUUGUAGACACAUACAAGAACCCAACAAUUAAAAAGCCAAAAAUUGCAGUAGUAGGGGGUGGUCCAUCUGGGUUGUUUGCAACUCUUGUACUUGCAGAACUUGGUGCAGAUGUUACCUUAAUAGAAAGAGGUCAACCAGUUGAACGAAGGGGGCGAGACAUUGGUGCUUUGAUGGUUCGGCGAAUUUUGGAAUCAGAAAGCAACUUUUGCUUUGGGGAGGGUGGUGCAGGUACUUGGAGUGACGGAAAGCUAGUAACUAGAAUUGGAAGGAACAGUGACAGUGUUUUGGCAGUUAUGAAAACAUUAGUUCACUUUGGUGCUCCAAAAAAUAUUUUAAUUAAUGGGAAGCCUCAUCUGGGAACAGAUAGGUUGGUUCCCUUACUCCGCAACUUUCGGCAACAUCUACAAAGGCUGGGUGUUUCUAUAAAGUUUGGCACAAGGGUAGAUGAUCUAAUGAUAGAGAAUGGACAUGUUGUUGGGAUAAAAGUUUCUGAUUCAAAUGACAGAUUGCAGCAUGGAGGCCGGAAGUUGGGAUAUGAUGGAGUGAUUCUGGCAGUGGGGCAUUCUGCACGUGAUAUAUAUGAAAUGCUUCUUUCUCAUAAUUUUCACUUGGUCCCCAAAGAUUUUGCUGUUGGUUUGCGAAUUGAGCACCCUCAAGAACUAAUAAACAGCAUACAGUAUUCCAGCUUGGCUGCUGAGGUUCAUAGAGGACGUGGAAAGGUACCAGUAGCAGAUUACAAGAUUGCUAGUUAUGUUAGUGAAGAAGAUGUGGAAUCAUCAGCAAAUUUAGAGCCUAAAACUCGUAGUUGCUAUUCCUUCUGUAUGUGUCCUGGUGGACAGGUUGUUCUUACAAGUACAGACCCAUCCGAACUCUGCAUCAAUGGCAUGUCAUUUUCUCGUCGUGACUCUAAGUGGGCAAAUGCUGCACUUGUUGUCACUGUCUCAACGCAGGAUUUUGAAGCAUUGAACUUCCAGGGGCCACUUGCAGGAGUUGAAUUCCAGAGGGAAUUUGAACGAAGAGCAGCUGUAAUGGGAGGUGGAAACUUUGUGGUUCCUGCACAGAUAGUUACUGAUUUUCUUGAAAACAAGUUGUCAGAAAAAUCCUUGCCGCCAUCAAGCUAUAGGUUAGGAGUAAUGGCAGCAAAUCUCCAUGAGCUGUUUCCUGCUCGCAUAACGGAUGCGUUGCAGUAUUCAAUCUCAAUGUUUGACAAAGAGUUACCUGGAUUUAUCUCUAACAAGGCCCUUCUUCAUGGCGCAGAGACUAGAACCAGCUCCCCCGUUCAGAUUCUUAGGAAUACUGACACUUACGAGAGCACAUCUUUGAAAGGGCUCUACCCAAUUGGUGAAGGAGCAGGUUAUGCUGGUGGGAUUAUAAGCGCAGCAGUUGAUGGCAUGCAUGCAGGAUUUGCCGUGGCAAAAAACUUUGAUCUGCUUCUCAAUGACAUAGAAUUUUUGGGGAAGGCUCAGAGCGUUGGAUUUGUCAAGUACUAGGAAACAGUUAUUGGUGUUACACUGAUACAAGUUCUGAUUAUGUAUCUAGUAGUUCAAAAAACCCGAGGAGGAGCAAUCUUUAUGUGAAAUUUAUUUGAAAAGCAACCUUGCUUUUAUAUCUGCUCUAACGGUACGUGGUUGGAAGAGUUAAUUCGAGUUCGAGGAUAAUAUGAGAUAGUUCUUCAAGUCUGUCAUCUGUAAGGUAUCACUCUGUAUUGCUGGUCAUUUUGACGCUGAUUGAUGCAUUUUUGCCCGAGUGUCAUCCUCCAAUUGGUUCCUAGGAGCCAUUAAAGAGCAGCAGAGGGAUAAAUGAAGACUCAGAGCCUUAGCGCAGUUGUCUGCUUUGAAGGAGUCCUGCCACCAGCGUGAUGAGGCCAGAGCUCAGCGCGGCGAGGCUUUAGUCCAUGUUGUUGUCCCCCAACAAGAGCUUAAUAAACACAUCGAGGACCUGAAAGGCAUGACUUCCGCAGCGGAGGAGUCUUACAUUCAAUAACAAGAACUUCAUCGAGAGGUUUUUGUCCUGGAGGAGAGGUGUUCUUCAUUGCUAAGGGAUGUACGGGCUGCAGAGGAUAGGGUUCAGCAGGCAUGUGAAGAGCAUUUGCAGGAGUAUAAGAACUCGGCAAAGCUGAAGGACCAAAUCUAGCAAGCCUGUGAAGCGCGGCUAGAAGAGUAUAAAGCUUCUGCGGAGAUGAAGGAAAAUAUAUACAAUGAGGCCUUCCGCAUAUUUGCUUUCGGGUAUAAUCAAGACCUUCAAGCAGCUAGGAAUGCCCCCUCCACUCUGUUGGCAUACCUGCGAGUCCCUGAAAUGGACUCUGACGGUGAGGAAGUAUGCUAUGGAGAGAAUGACAACCAUUUGCCCAAAAAUGCUUUUUGUUUGCCUUCUGGACCUCGAGGGGAGAAUAUUGUAGAUAACCCUGUAAAUGAGUUAGUUAGUUCUGUCUCCUCUUUCCCUACUGCCU